UCGCCCUCCCUGUCUCUCCCUCUUCACUCCAACUCCUUCACUCCCUCUGUAGCCACCGGACUCUCCUGGCGUGUGUUGACAAUCGGCAGAUGGUCCGACGUAUCAGUGCCUUGUUUCCAUUGGUCGGGAAAGUCUCGGGAGCUGCGAAGGGGGACAUUUAAUUGGUGAUAAGAUGUCGGGCUGCGCCCUGAUUGGUCGGAGGAUUUUCCAAGGGGCGGGAGCUUGCCUGUUAGGGAGACGCGGUAGGGGAUGCGUGAAUGUCAGUGUUGGGCUGCGGCAGAGUGCGGCUGGGCGGUGGCACGAGACUGGCUGUCGGCAGAGGAAUAGCAGAAAGAUGCCUGAGAUAAACACAGACUCGCUGGACCAGCAGCAGGUGUUGCUUCUGGGUGAGAUGUGCAUACUUAUCAACGAGGACGACCAGAAGAUCGGAGCUGACACAAAGAAAAACUGCCAUCUGAACAGCAACAUCGAUAAGGGCCUGCUGCACCGAGCAUUCAGCGUCUUCCUGUUUAACUCUGAAAACAAACUCUUACUGCAGCAACGAUCUGAUGCCAAAAUCACAUUUCCAGGCUGCUACACAAACACUUGCUGCAGUCACCCACUAAACACUCCCCUGGAAUCAGAGGAAGAGAAUGCCAUUGGGGUGAGAAGAGCGGCACAGAGACGACUGAAAGCUGAACUGGGGAUUCCCAUGGAGCAGGUGAUGCCAGAUGAGCUGAAGUACCUGACCCGCAUUCAUUACAAAGCUCAGUCAGAUGGGAUCUGGGGAGAACAUGAAAUCGAUUAUAUCCUUUUUGUGCAGAAGGACAUUGCGCUAGACCCUGACCCCAAUGAGAUCCAAACCCAUUGCUUUGUGUCGAAGGAAGAUCUCAGGCAGUUGCUGGAAAAGGCUAAAGGCGGUGACGUAAAGAUCACCCCAUGGUUCCAGCUCAUUGCAGACACUUUUCUCUUUAAAUGGUGGGACAAUCUACAGAACCUGGAGAAGUUUGAGGAUCAUGAUAAAAUCCAUCGCAUGUGAGCAGCACAGAAGAGCCAGAGCAUGGACCCUGAGGAAGGUUU